AUGGCCGAGAAAUUAACGAACAACGUCGGCUUGAAUAAUGUGGUGGAAAAACGUAUGCGAGUGAUCUUGGAGGAAGGUCCAAAGAUUCCAAUGGAUUUCGAAUGGGUGAAACCGGAAUUACCACUAUAUUAUGACGAGAGAAAAUUUCAGCUCGGCCAACGAGCUUUCUAUAACAAUGUGUUCUCGAUGAUGAUUGCGAAACUGUCCGGCCUGGUGUCUCUCUUAUCUGUUAGAAGCAUAUUGGAUAUAGUUAUGUUCACCAAACAAAGCGGUAUUCCUUGCUUGGCUUAUCGCAGGUACGCGAUGACGAUCCUCCACACGCUCGUCUGGCUCGAAAAAGAUCCUAUAAAAUCUGAGGAAUUUGUGGAGUCUUUGAAGAUCGUACGGAAGAAGCAUUGUAUCGCAUUCAGAAGAGGCACCGAGGCUGGUUUACAUCGACCAACGCAACUGGAUAUGUCGCUCGCUCAGUUCGGAUUCAUCGGGUAUAUUAUGGUCAGCAGCGAGAAACUGGGCAUCCAGACCACUCGUGAGGAAAUGGAGGGCUUGGUUCACGUCUGGAGGGUCAUCGGGAGCAUGCUCGGGAUGAAGGAGGAAUUCAAUCUUUGCUCGGGAACAGCCGAGGAAGCGCGCGCUCUUUGCCAAAGGAUAUUGGACGAGGUAUUCCUACCAGCUCUGACAAAGAAAAACGAACACUUCGACUCGAUGGGUCAGGUGAUGCUGGAGAGCCUCUGGACUAUCAAUUUCGCCAUCGAUUCGCAAGCGUUCAUCACGUUCACGUAUCAACUGGCCUCUCAAUCUGCGACCAACAACAAUCACUCCAUUGUAAUCGAUACCUCGAACAUGCCGUUUUUCAGUUGGUAUUUGUUCCAUAUGCAGUGCUUUGUACUGAAGUACCUGUUGCGACCUACUGCUUGGUGGUCUUCGUUUUUCCGCGCGAUGUACAAUAGUCUGAUGCGACUCUCGCUCUUUUUGCUGGAGAAAUAUCCCUACUUUGCUAUUCGGAGAUAUGGUGAGAAGUACGCUAAAAUCGAUAUUUUUCGUUAUCGUUUCGAUCGAACGGUUAAUUGA